AUGGUUAUUUAUGGUGUAUAUAUCGUAUCAAAAUCAGGUGGACUAAUUUUUAAUCAUGAUCAUAAUGUUCCACGAAUCGAAAAUGAAAAAACAUUUAACUUUCCACUUGAUAUAAAAUUAAAUUACGAAAAUAAAAAAAUUGUUGUUUCAUUUGGACAAAAAGAUGGUAUUAAUGUGGGUCACGUUUUAACUACAGUAAAUGGAAGUCCUGUAGUAGGACGAGAAUUAGAAAAUGGAAAAGAUGUUUUUGAACUGUUAGAACAGUCAGAGAAUUAUCCUAUAUCACUUAGAUUUAGUCGUGCCAGAAUGACAACUAAUGAAAAAAUUUUUUUAGCAUCAAUGUUUUAUCCUUUAUUUGCAAUUGCUAGUCAAUUAAGUCCUGAACCACAUUGUUCUGGUAUUGAAAUUUUAGAAGCUGAUACAUUUAGACUACAUUGUUACCAAACACUAACUGGGAUUAAAUUUAUCGUGGUAGCAGAGCCCACACAAAGUGGAAUAGAAAUUUUGUUAAAAAGAGUAUACGAACUGUAUGCAGAUUAUGCUUUGAAAAAUCCUUUUUAUUCAUUGGAAAUGCCAAUUAGAUGUGAAUUGUUUGAGACUAAUUUACAAAGUUUGUUAGAAAAUGUUGAAAAGUCUGGUGCUAGCAGUGUCUAA